AUGGAGCUAGGCGAGAUCGUUGUGACUGAACUUCCCAAUGAGAGGGAGCUGUACAAGAAAGACAUGUCAAGAGCCCAGGACCUGCUGUGGAGAAGUGGAAACUGGAUCCACCAUAGUUUUGGGUAUCUCACAGGAGAAAUGAAUGAAUAUGGAGAGUGGAUGAAAAGCAAGCCCUUAAUGGUUCAGCUGGUGGACUGGAUCUUGCGAGGGACCUCUCAGGUGAUGUUUGUCAACAACCCUCUCAGCGGGCUGAUCAUUUUAGUGGGGCUUUUCAUCCAGAGCCCCUGGUGGAUGCUCACAGGCUGCACUGGCACCACUGUGUCCACGUUAACUGCGCUGGCCCUCAGCCAGGACAGGUCGUCCAUCGCGGCUGGGCUGCACGGCUACAACGGGAUCCUGGUGGGCCUGCUCAUGGCCGUCUACUCUGACAAGGGCGACUACUACUGGUGGCUUCUGCCCCCCGUGGCUGUGAUUUCCAUGGCCUGCCCAGUACUGUCCAGUGCUUUGGGAUCCAUCUUCAGCAAAUGGGACCUUCCUGUUUUCACUCUGCCCUUCAACAUUGUGGUGACCCUGUACCUGGCAGCCACAGGACACUACAACCCAUUCUUCCCCACAACCCUCAUCAAGCCCAUAGCUGCAGUGCCCAAUAUCACCUGGUCUGACAUCAGUGUGCCACUGCUCUUACAAUCCAUCCCAGUGGGGAUUGGUCAAGUGUAUGGUUGUGGAAACCCCUGGACUGGAGGGAUUUUCCUUGUGGCUCUGCUCAUCUCGUCCCCACUGAUUUGUUUGCAUGCUGCAAUUGGAUCAGCUGUGGGGAUGUUUGCAGCUCUGAGCAUUGCAUCCCCCUUUGACAGCAUCUACCUUGGCUUACACAACUACAACUGUGCCCUAGCCUGCAUUGCCAUCGGAGGCAUGUUCUACGCCCUGACCUGGCAGACUCAUGUGCUCUCACUUGCCUGUGCAUUAUUUUGUGCCUACUCUGGAGCAGCUCUUGCUAAUGCACUCUCUGUGCUCGGGCUGCCAGUGUGCACCUGGCCCUUCUGCCUCUCGGCGCUCCUCUUCCUGCUGAUCACCUCCCAGAACCCGGCCAUCUACAAAAUGCCCCUCUGCCAGGUCACCCACCCAGAAGCCAACCGGAUCUACUACCUGAGGAUGAGGAGAAGGGCCUCGGAGAGCAGGAGGGAAGAGCAGAAGCGAAGGGAGCAGAAACCCUCUGGCGGCUCAGGGGUUAACAGUGGGGGCACCCCCCUGUGCACCCCCAAGAGCCGCCACGCUCACUGAUUGCAGGCACCCACAGCUCUGCAGCCUGGGGCAGACUGGGGGCAGCUUCUCAGGCAUCACCCAGGUGCAGCACAGCCACAAACACCACUUUUGCCAGCAGUAUGCAGGCUGGGGAUUCAGCAUUCCGCGCUGGAGAAAUCACGGUUUGCCCUUGAGAUAAGCUUUCCAAAAAGCACUCAGGUAACAUAAUAACAGCUGCCUUAUCAAUCCACUGGCUGUUAA